CCUAACGUUGUCAUUUUCAAACGCAUCAGCCAUUAUCGUGUGUCGACAUGUCAAGCUUUCAAGUCUCAUCUGGUUGUCAGUCGUUCCCCCAACACGCCUCAUAUGUUGAUCUUCGAAUGGCUGAAGUUACAGGCAAAGUAGAUUUAAAAAUCGGAGAUGACACGUACCAGACUUGGUACAAAAUCGUUGGGGAUCUCGCUUCGGGUGCGCACCCUCUCAUCAUACUGCACGGCGGCCCUGACGUCCCGCACGAGUAUAUAACACCUCUCGCCGAAUUUCAGGCAUCCUCAUCAUCUUUUACAACCAGAUCAGAAGUCCAUUUGUGAAGGUAUGGCGGGAAGCCCAAAGAGUUUUGGACUGUCGAUUUCUUCAUGGAUGAACUGGUCCCUGGACAACAUUGUUGCCCACCUUGGCGUGCAGAACGGCUUCACUCUUCCGGGUCACUCCUGGGGAUAUUAGGGGAGCACUACACUAGCCACAAUAAUCCU